CUGCAGUCAUCAAAAGAUGUAGGCGCUCAGUCAUCACCACAGCCAAGAAAAGUAAAGAGAAUUCCUCAAAAACAACAAAAAGAGGGCCUCCAAAGUCAUCACCCAUCUUUAGCCCUUUGAUCCUCUCCUCUCCCGCUCUCCAAUCUUCAUCUUCUCUGUCAACCCUUCAAUUUAUUGUUCUUUUUGGAUUGUCGUCACCCUUCUCGUGGGUUUUGAUCGGUAUCGCUAUACGAUCAGGUUUAGGGUUCUUUUAGAUGGAGGGAGGAAAUGAGUCUGAGAACCACUUGAGUUCAGCUGCAGCUUUUGUGGAAGGCGGAGUUCAGGAAGCAUGCGAUGAUGCUUGCAGCAUAUGCCUCGAAACUUUUUCCGAUAAUAACCCUUCGUCUGUUACUGUUUGCAAGCACGAGUUUCACCUGCAGUGUAUCCUCGAGUGGGGACAGAGAGGUUCGCAGUGCCCUAUGUGUUGGCAAAAUCUUAGCUUGAAAGACCCAAACAGCCAGGAACUGUUUGAUGCAGUGGAGCAUGAAAGGAAUGUGAGGAUGAACCCGCCAAGAAACACCACAAUUUUCCGUCACCCAACUUUGGGAGAUUUUGAAUUGCAACAUUUACCAGUAAGUGCGACAGAUUCUGAGCUGGAAGAGCGCAUUAUUCAACACUUGGCAGCAGCGGCUGCUAUGGGUAGGGCACGUCACCUUGCAAGGAGAGGUCAGAGGGGUGGUAGGUCAUCAUCUCAAGGUCACCCUCAUUUUCUGGUGUUUUCCACUCAUCCAAAUUCAUCUCCCGCCAUUUCUGACUUCUCUACUCAGAUAAGUGGAGGUGAACCUUCCCACCCUGCCCUCCUUGUUGAAGGUUCUCAGCAAUUGGUUUCGCAACCAUAUUCUGCCCAAGUCGAUCAGGUUUCUGCCUCUACGGUAGGUCAACUGGGCACUUCAUCAGUUAAUAACAGGAGUUCCCCUUCUCAUUCGUUUCCUCAAAAUCAAAAUAGAGCUGGACCAUCCGACUUCCAGUCUUUUUCAGAAUCUGUAAAGUCAAGGCUAAGUGCAAUGUCAAUGAGAUACAAAGAGUCCAUCACCAAGAGCACAAGAGGUUGGAAGGAGAGAUUUUUCUCCCGAAAUAGUUCUGUAUUAGAUCAUGGUCCUGAAUCUAGGAACAGGGCUAGUUCAGAUAUUUCCACUGUAUCACACCUUAUGCGGCAACUUGCACCUAGGCAGGAGGCUAGUAGUACAACCCCUGUUUCUUUAUCAAAUAGGCGAGUGGAAGAUUUGUCAACUUUACAGGAGUAUCGUUCUGAGGAGCGAAUCUCGGAAAUUGGUGGUAACCGUUCUUUAGGAGAGAUUUACCAUCAAACUCCACCUCCACCUGCUACUAGCUCUGCUUCAAUCUGAGUUUUGUUGGACAAGUUGUUGCUGGCUACAAGACUGGUAAUCUUGGGAGGAGUGGUAUGCAUGCUUCACAGCCUCCAUAGUCAACAUAUGAUCUAUGAGCAACAGUUUAAUUUUUUAUAUGUAAUUUGUUUCAUAUGUUGCAAAUUAUGUUUAUGGUUAUGUCUUGUUUUUCCUUUUUCUUCAUCAGACUGAAUUUAUUCACAGUUUAUUAAUCAGAUGUAAUUGCAUUAUAAUGAGCAUUUGAUUUAAUUGAAGGCACAUUAUUUUUACUUCAUAUACUGACAAUGUUUAGCUUCUGCUAAAUAAUGGGCUAAAUCAAAA